AUGGAAUCAAUAAAUAAUUAUAUAGAAAAUGAUAAUAAUAGUAAUUCAGAAAUUAAAAAUAAAAAUAUUAAUAAUUUUAAUAAUAACAGAUUGUUUUUUUUAAUUUGGAGAAACAAGGUUAUCCUCAAUAUAAUUCAUAGACAUCUCAGGUUGUAUAAUAUGACCAAAAAAGUCACACAUGUUAAUCAUUCCAUGAGUCAACUUAGGGAUCAUAAACACAGAACUUAUAUUACAAAAAUUGUUUUUUCAAUAAACAAACCUUUAACACCACAUGGUGAAUUGAUACCUAAUAGUGUAUCAGCAAUAUAUUUCGAAAAAAAAUUUAAUUCCCCAAUAUUAGAAUGCGAUAUUCCAUUAUCAGUCACCAGCUUGAAACUUGGUCAUAAAUUCAAACUGCAAAUCGAUAUUAAAUCAAUUAUACCUCCAAGUGUAACAGAUUUAGAGUACCAUAAUUACAACUUGUCACCAUUUGCAACUAAUACGCUACCUCCGUCACUCACCAGUUUAAAUAUGGCAGAACUAAAUCAAAAUAUUGAUGGGGUUUUUCCAAAUUCACUGAAGCAUUUAGAUCUUUUUAAAUUUAACCAAGAAAUUAUUACAGGUACUUUUAAUUCGGUGGUAAAUUUAAUUCUAGGUUCCUUUGACCAACCUUUGAGGCCUGGUGAUAUACCUAUAACUUGCGAAAGUUUAAAACUCGGUUCAUAUAAUCAUCCAAUAGAACCAAAUAUUCUUCCAAGUAAAUUAAAAAGCCUUACUCUAUCAUCAUUCAACCAAGAAAUCCCAAAUAAUGCACUACCAAAUUCCAUUACCUACUUGAAGAUGUGCCGAUUCAAUAAGCCGCUAUCAAAAUCUCUUUCAUCACUAAACUCACUAAACACCCUAAAAAUGAAAACAUUUAAUAAAAUUAUAUCAAGGAAAUCACUCCCCAGUUCUAUUGAAUAUUUAAAUAUAAAAAGUUUAGAGCAAUUAUUAAAACCAAAUGUACUUCCGCCAUCGAUCACUUUACUCAAAAUGAACUAUUAUAAUUUUCCAUUAGAACCACAAGUAAUACCACCAAAUGUGAAACAAUUAGAAAUAAAGUCAUAUAAUAAUAGGCUUGGUAAAGAUUUACUCCCCGAUAAUUUGCAAGUAUUAAAACUAUCAAAAUACAAAGAAACAUUAUUGGAUUUACCAUCAUCAAUUACAAAUCUUAAUUUGGGUAAAAACCCGAAAGAAUUAAAAGCCUAUUCAAUUCCUCAAUCUGUUAAAAUUUUAAAACUUCCAAAAAAGCUACGUUCUCUUGAAGUUGGCCUAAUUCCCGAUUCUGUAAAAGAAUUAACCCUACCUCGUGACUUUGAUAAAAAAUUUAAAAAAGAUGUAUUACCCAAAUCACUCACAAAACUCAACUGUGAUAUAAACUGUUCAAUGGAUCAACUUAGAUAUCACCCACAUAGAAGAUAUGCAACAUCAAUUAUAAUUGGAGUUGAUGAAAAAUUUGAACCACAUGGCCAACUUAUACCCUAUGGUGUAACUGAAUUAGAAUUAGAUCUUAAUCUAGAUAAAGAAAUUAAAGCAGGCGAUAUCCCAAUAACAGUGACAAAUCUUAGAUUAUGUUAUUCCCUACCGAUCGAUUUAAAAUCAAUUAUACCACCAAGUGUUACUUCUUUCGACUAUUUAAAUAAUGAAUACCCAGUUGAACCAAAUAUGCUACCACCAUCAAUAACCAAUUUAACUCUACGUAUGGAUCAAGAAAUUAAUAUCGGUACUUUUUCAAACUCUAUUCAAAAAUUAAACCUAUCUUUUUUCAAUCAAAUUAUUAUACCGGGUUCAUUUGGUUCAGUUGUAGAGUUAAGUCUAGAUUCUUUUAAUCAUCCUUUAAAGCCUGGUGAUUUACCAAUAACAUGCCAAGAAUUGAAUCUCGGUUUAUAUGAUCAUCAAAUUCAACCAAAUGUUCUUCCAUCUCAAUUAAAAAAAUUAACUCUACAAAAUUAUAAUCAUCCAAUCCGAUAUGGUGUUCUUCCAGAAUCAAUUACUGAACUUUAUUUGAACAAUUUUAAUCAAAAAUUAUCAAACUCACUAUUGUUAUUAAAAUCAUUAAAAACUCUAAGGAUGAAUUUAUUUGAUCAAAAGAUAUCUAUCGGGGAAUUACCGCAAUCUAUCGAAACUUUAGGCCUUACUCAUUUUAAUCAACCUUUAAAACCAAAUGUACUUCCACCAUCAAUAACCACACUCAUUUUGUCCAAUUAUAAUCAUCAAAUAGAACCACAGGUAAUACCACCCAAUGUUCAAAAUUUAGAAUUAGAGGCAUAUAGUUGCAAUAUUUAUGAAGGUAUAUUUCCAAAUUCAUUAUUAAAUUUAUAUCUAGGAAGUUUCACAGGCAAAUUAUUUCCAGGUGAUUUACCACCAUCAAUUACAGAGCUUCAUUUUGAUUAUAAUGGUCCAACUAAAAUAAAUGUAUUUUCAAUUCCAUCAAAAGUAAAAGUCUUGCGACUACCCCAUAAUUAUGCACAGCCUUUAGAAGUCGGUUUAAUUCCCGAUUCAGUAGAAGAUUUAAGAUUACCUCGUUUUUUUAAUAAACCUAUUCCAAAAGGUCUAUUACCAGAAUCACUCACAACAAUAUUCUUUGGUGAUUACUAUAACCAACCUUUAGAUCCAGACACAAUCCCAAAAUCCGUUACCAAGAUAGAUAUGCCCGAAACAUAUUCUUUUCCAAUACCAGCUUCUAUAAUUAAAAAUUUAAAAAAUUAA